GUUUGUAAUCCUCCCCCUCCCAGGACCUCAUAAAGGAAGUCUUCACCUCUUGUACUGUCUUUGUGCUUAUACUCUAUAAGAAAAAUGGCUACUGCUGAAGAGAAACAAACAAAGAAGGAGAAAUUCCUGGCAGAAAUUAAAAAAGUUGCAGAAAAGGCCAGUAAAAUGACACCAGAAGAGCUACAAUUUAGUUAUAAGGGAAUCCUGUAUCCUAGUGUUCUCUGUAGCAAAGAAACUUUUCAAGCCAUGGAAACAUUAGAGGCUAGAGAGGAUGAUGUGUUAAUUCUAACCUAUCCAAAAUGUGGAACAAACUGGACAAUACAGAUACUACAUGAAAUACUUUUUGAACUGCACAACAAAGAGCCGACAUUGGAUCAAGCUAUGUUGGAGUUUGGAAAUCCAGAGAAGUUUGAGUACAUGAGUCAACAACCAUCACCAAGAGUCAUCUCCUCACACGUUACAUGGGAAAACAUUCCUAAAUCUUUUUUUGAAAAGAAGACCAAGAUGUUACUCAUUCUUCGGAAUCCAAAAGACACAGCUGUGUCUUUCUAUCAUUUCUCAAACAAGAAUCCUGUGCUUCCGACAUAUGAAUCUUGGGAUUUGUUCUUCAAGGAUUAUAUAACUGGAAAUUUAAUCUAUGGAUCGUACUUUGAUUACACUCUUCAGUGGGAGAAACAUAUUGAUGAUGGGAAUAUCCUUGUACUUACAUUUGAAGACAUGAAAGCGGACCUUUCAAGAGAGUUGAGAAAAAUAAGUGACUUCUAUGGCUUAGCUCUGACGGAUGAGCAAAUCAAGGUGGUACAGGAAAAAACUACUUUUUCUUCUAUGAAGGAGAAAUCCGGUAACACACAUGGAGAUCUUGGGAAUGUUUUCUUCAGAAAAGGAGAAGUAGGGGACUGGAAGAGUCUUUUUACUGAAGAACAGAGCAAAGAGGUGGAUGCACAUUUUGAAAAGUAUCUUGCUGGAACAAAACUAGGAAAUAUGAUAAACUAUGAAAAAUAUUGCACUUUUUAAUGUGAUUUAGUCUUGUACUUUAGAUCACUUUUUCAAGUCCCUUUUUAUGUGACUGUAUUAAAUAAAAGCUAGAUUAAAG